GAAGAAGAAGAAGCAGGAGGAAGUAGACGAAGAAGAAGCAGCAGGAGCAGAACUAUAGCCUCUGGAGGAUCAGGGGUUAUAAGGCAGCUUCAGGAGGACCAGCACUUCUCCGAGGCUGGUAGAGUGUGAACCGGGGUGUGUGUGAGCGCGGCUCGGGGCAGAAGCCAUGGUUCAGACGUGCUCAGCGUACGGAUGUAAGAACCGCUACCACAAAGACAAAGACAUCUCCUUCCAUAAGUUUCCUCUUGCACGUCCAGAUGUUUGUGGUAAAUGGGUGGCAGCGAUGAGAAGGAACAACUUCAAGCCGACAAAGUACAGCAACAUCUGCUCGCAGCACUUCACCAAAGACUGUUUCAAGAGAGAGUGCAACAACCGAGUGCUGAAGGAGAACGCCGUGCCAUCCCUCUUCACCUUCAGCCUCAGCAUCAAGUCAGAGACCUUGGAGCAUCCCUUCCCCUCAGAGAUCCACUUCCCCCUCUCUCUGCCUCUGACCUCUGACCCAGUGGUGGAGGAGGAGGAGCCUGAACCUGUGAGGAGCCUGCCUGACACCCACUGCGACACGGCGUCGGUCUCCUGCGACCACAACUACACGGCGGAGGACUCCGCGCGGCAGAAGAGGCGCAUUGAGCUGCUGGAGGAGCAGCUGGAGCGUCUGAGGAAGAAACUGAAGACGACGCAGCAGAAGUGUCGGCGGCAGGAGAGGCAGCUGAAGAGGCUGAAGGCCGCCUGCGAUGUGCCAAGGACCAGUUGUGAGCCAGCUGCGGCGUUUGGCGAGGGAUACGUGAUUUUACCCAAACAAAUCUACCACACACUGAAAGGUAUCGAGUGAUGAGGAGGAGAGGAAGGAGAACAUUGCUGUGGUCAUACUGACCAGCAGAUUAGGUUCUGCUGCGGGUUCCAUCUCAGCAGGCCGACCGCUGCUGCUGAGCAAGGCAGUGACUCCGGAGCCAAGAGCUACAGGUUCACUUGUUAGGGAAUACAAAUGCAGGAUGUGGAAAACUUCAGUCUGUGUUUUUGGAUACAACAAACACCUUACAUAUCCUUUUUUUUCUUUGCUUUUCUUUCUUUGUGUUUUCUGAUUAGGCUCCACUGAAAAUGACUUUAAACGAAAAGUUCAACAUUUAGGGUUUGUCUUUAGAGAGAGCUGCAAACUGAAAGCAUUUUGUGACGGGUUGGGGGCGGCUGAGGAGUCUCUGCACGGAAGCACUGGGCAGAUGGAGUAACUGUUGUUGGUGCAGAAACAGUUUAAAUUUGAACCCAUAAAUCUAUAAACUGCUUUUUACAUUAGUGUUUGUUUGAAGAUUAAACAAAUGAGAUACAACCUAUAAACAGUGAGCACUAGAGGUUCUGGGAGAUGUAUUUUUUAACUUCAGAUAGAGCCAGACUGUUUCCACCAAGCAGACACCUGUAGGGCUGAAAAAUGAAGCUAAACUGCAGUUCCUCUAAUGACCACCAGAGUCUGGCUCCAACAGUGAGUCAGUCCCCAUAGACUCCCAUGUUAAAAUGUCCAACUUCACAGCAGAAAUAAACAUGUUUACAACCUGGUACAAAACAGUUUUGGUCUCUGGAGCUAAUUUCCUCCUUCAGGACACCUGUUAAUGUAACUCACCUGUUUACAUUUUAUUAAGAAUGUAAAGUCAUGCAGAAUUGAGGGUUGCUGGUUAAUUGACUAAUAGAACAUGAAGAAGUCUUUGCUCCUGUUUUUGAGGUGAAUGAAAUUCUAGUAUUAUUUUGUUUAUAUGUUAGCACUGAUUAGCAGGUAUCGGUGUGAGUGCUUACAGUAUCUGGCUUGUUAGCGUAGCUGGUUAUCUAGCUAAUUAGCCAACAUAUGAAUUGGUACCUUGGUUUAGCCUUCGAGCAAGAAGCCCAAACACCCAGCUGUGCUAACAAUGCUAACGGGAGCGUAUGCUCACACAGUUAUUAAACUAGCAUGCACCGAGUUCUCAGCUCCACACAUGCUCCACCUCUUUGUCCAUUUUUUAUUUAGCUGGGAGUUAGGGGCGGAGCCAGACACUGCCAAGACGACAGUAGAACAGCUCACUUUGAGCUUCAGAAACCUGUGGGAGACGUCACAAAGGCUACGUCCAUCUUUAUUUACAGUCUACGGUUCCCAGCUGCUUCCAGUCUUUAUGCUAAGAUAAGAUGAUCACAUUCUUACUCCAGCUUUGUACUAAACACACAGACAUGAGGUUGAUAUUAGAUUGAUCUUCUGAUGCCACUCUCAGAAAGAGAAAGCAAAUGGAGGACUUUGUGCAGACUUCCAGAGAGUCCACAUGGGCUGCAGACUUCACCAGACUUGAAAUUACCUCAUAAUCCAUAGUGAUAUGGAUGUGACAGUGAAAAAUAAAUAAAUAAUGUACUAUA